AUGUACGCUUGGAGCCUUAGAAGUCUAGCACGCCGAAUGCAGUAUUUUGGAAUUCAAUUUACUGACUAUGAUGAAGAGGUAAAUGACGUGGAAGCAACAGUAGAAAAAGAGAUUUCAGGUCCAGGGAAACUGCUCGGCUACAGAGCCAUGCAUAAGAAAAUACGAGAGAUACACGGUCUGAACGUGCCAAGGGAUUUAGUUUACAUGGUAAUGGCUAAAGUGGAUCCCCGUGGUCUGGAGGAGAGAGGAGGUGUUGGGAAAGCAAGGCGAACCCGCAGAGAUAAAGCGUUCUUGAGCGGGCCGGAGUAA